AUGGGAGGCGAGAACGAGAAAGAGGAGGAAGAGGAGGAGAGGUGGGUGGAGGAGGAGGAGGAGAAGGGGGAGUAUCAACGGCAGCUGAGGGAGUGGGCGCGGUUUCAGAUGAUGGAUUUUGUCCAUGCACUGGCGACUGCGGAGUUUGGGGUGAACUAUGGCAAAGAUUCAGGGGAAGAGUUUAUGGAAGAUCCAGCAGCUGCUGCGUUGUUCAAGGUCGGGUUGUUGUACCAGCAACGGGAUCCCAUGUACGUCCGACCAACAUCGGUUGCUUUUCAACGAUGUCUUACUCGCUGGCUCGUAAGCGAACGGCUUCAACUUGGUUCCCUUCAAACUGCCAAAUAUUAUUGGAUGAGAACAUGCCGUGGUCGACACUACCGCCAUUUGAUGCUCGAAUGA